AUGAGGAUGGCCGUGGGCUCCGUCAAGAUGCAGCCGCCGUGCGAGAGCCCGGCCCUGGCCGCGGCGGCGGCGGCGGCGGCGGCGGCGGACGGCGCCCUGCGCCGCAGCCCCGGCGCCCGCGAGCAGGAGCGCGAACCGCCGCCGGCGCCCCCGCGGCCGCGGCUCCGGGACCUGCCCGCGCUGCUGCGGAGCGGGCUCACGCUGCGGAGGAAGCGGAGCGCCGCCGGGGCCCGGACUCUAUCAAGAAGAAUUUCCAAUCCAUACCUUGAACACACUCCUUCCCAGAUUUAUGGGGAGAAUUCUUCUUGUGCAGGAAGAGCAUUGAGGAAUAUUAUUAUCGUUCAGGCAGCUGACCUGAUAAAGGACAGAGUGAACCUCAAGGGAUUUUACAGGAGGAGCUGUGUUGGGUCAGAGCUGGUAGACUGGCUUCUAGAACACUGUCCUUUUGUCCAGUGCAGAUCUAUGGCCAUAGGGGUCUGGCAACUCCUCCUGGAUAUGGGAAUUAUGUUAUCAGUGGACCAAAACUUAUACUUUCAAGAUACCUAUGUUUUCUACCAGUUUUCUUCUGAUGAAUGUAGCUACUUGUACUGUGAAUUUGAAAGAGAAGAAGAAUGGCAGAAUGGUGUCAAACUUUUACUGCAACUCGUGCCUCUCAUUCCUGCUAGAGCUGGCAUCUGUGAACUGUCUCAUCAGAAAAUCGAAGACUCGGAAGAAAGCAGUGAUGAAAUUCUUGCUCGCCUAACAUCUGCGGUGCAGAGAGAACUAGCAGCUGUUAUUGCUUUGAAAGCAAGGAAGUCUGCAAUUGAACAAGAUGAAGAAAACAGUGACAAACGCGUAAUUGUGUCAGAAGCUGGAGGAGUUCCAGAUUCUCAGGCGGGAGUGAUGUGCAAACUGCAGGAGAGAGAUGACAUUGGACGAAUCGAACUGGUCCAGAAGCUGGCAAGAGAAAACUGUCAGUUUCUACAGGCAGACAAAAAAGAACAGGAGAAAUCUGAACACGAUGAUGAAGUGGCGACCGUUCAGGUUACGGAGCAGGAGCGGAACGUCCUGGUGCUGAAGAAAGUGCAGGGCUGUGGCCCGGCCCCCCCGGCCGGCAGCGCCGAGAGUGAUUGGAGAUACGUGGUCGUGUCCGGGACCCCGGAGAAGAUUUUGGAGCACCUUUUGAAUGACUUGCACCUGGAAGAAGUCCAGGACAAAGAAACAGAGACCCUCCUUGAUGACUUCCUUCUCACGUACACUGUCUUCAUGACAACUGAUGACUUGUGCCAGGCGCUGUUGAGGCACUAUUCUGCUAAGAAGUAUCAAGGCAAAGAAGAAAACUCAGAUGUUCCUUGUCGGAAACGUAAGGUCUUACAUCUUGUGUCCCAAUGGAUUGCUCUCUACAAAGACUGGUUACAUGAAGAUGAACAUUCAAAAAUGUUCUUAAAGACCAUAUACAGGAAUGUACUGGAUGAUGUAUAUGAAUAUCCAAUACUUGAAAAAGAAUUGAAAGAAUUUCAAAAGAUACUUGGAAUGCACCGCCGUCACACCGUAGAUGAAUAUUCACCACAAAGGAAGAAUAAAGCCCUUUUCCACCAAUUCAGUCUCAAGGAGAACUGGCUCCAGCACAGAGGAACUGUGACUGAAACAGAGGAAAUUUUUUGCCACGUGUAUAUAACGGAGCACUCCUAUGUCAGCGUGAAGGCAAAAGUUUCCAGUACAGCACAUGAGAUCCUGAAAGUUGUGGCAGAAAAGAUCCAGCAUGCAGAAGAGGAUCUGGCUCUGGUGGCCGUCACAUUCUCUGGGGAAAAGCAUGAACUUCAGCCAAAUGACUUGGCCAUCUCCAAAUCGCUUGAAGCAUCUGGUCGGAUAUAUGUCUACCGAAAAGACCUAGCCGAUACUUUGAACCCAUUUGCAGAAAAUGAGGACUCGCAGCAAAGGUCGAUGAGGAUUUUGGGAAUGAACACUUGGGAUCUUGCUCUGGAAUUAAUGAAUUUUGAUUGGAGUCUCUUCAAUUCAAUUCACGAGCAAGAGCUGAUCUACUUUACCUUCAGCCGACAAGGCAGUGGAGAGCACACGGUGAACCUCAGCCUUCUGCUGCAGAGAUGCAAUGAAGUCCAGCUCUGGGUGGCCACGGAGAUCCUGCUCUGCAGCCAGCUGGGCAAGCGAGUGCAGCUGGUGAAAAAAUUCAUCAAAAUCGCUGCGCACUGCAAAGCCCAGAGAAACCUGAAUUCCUUCUUCGCUAUUGUGAUGGGUCUCAACACUGCUUCUGUCAGCCGGCUGUCACAGACCUGGGAGAAAAUCCCUGGGAAGUUUAAGAAACUUUUCUCUGAACUUGAAAGCUUAACAGAUCCUUCCCUGAAUCACAAAGCCUACAGAGAUGCAUUCAAAAAGAUGAAACCACCCAAAAUCCCAUUCAUGCCUCUGUUGCUUAAAGAUGUAACAUUUAUUCAUGAAGGAAAUAAAACAUUUUUGGAUAAUCUUGUCAAUUUUGAAAAACUGCACAUGAUUGCAGACACCGUCCGGACCCUGAGGCACUGCAGGACCAAUCAGUUCGGAAGCGACGUGUCUCCAAAGGAGCACCAAGAGUUAAAAUCCUAUGUUAAUCACCUGUAUGUCAUUGACAGCCAGCAGGCCUUGUUUGAGCUGUCACACAGGAUCGAGCCUCGGGUGUGAGCCCCACCACCCCGCCACCUCGCCCCCCCCCCCACCUCCCCCGUAACGGCCACACUUUGAGCUCUGGGAGGGCCAGUGCUGAGCACAUUGCUUUCCUGUGAGAAAAGAAGUUGCUGAGUUUUAUCAGCAUAAGAUGCACACAGGAAGGCCAAGCAAAGCGUGCUCAGGAAGUGAUGUCAGCCACCAGAGACGGGGAGAGGCCUCUCCAAGCUGCUCUCAGAACAAGAAGGCAGAGGAAGAGUCAGAAGCAUUCUUGAAAUGGAGAAGUCUGGUGUCUUAUGACUGCAUUGUUCAUCUACCCCAGUUUUGAUUUUGUGAUGUACCAGCAUCAAGAGGAGAGAGUGUCUUGUCCUGCAGGGACCAAAUACUUCAGUACAAGUGUGCAUGAAACAGGGGUUUUACUUUGCCUGGUGGUAGAUUACUGUUUAUAGGCUCUCAAAGCAGCAGCUCAUGUGAACACCUAAAGACAGUGAUGACAUCUCUAGAUUUCCAGGGAAAAGGAAUGGCCACUGUCCAUACAAACUGUGACAUCACCCAAAGCCCCUUGUGUCUAAGAAGUUAGUGAGGACCCACAGCUGGCAUCCAUGCUGGCACCCAAAAGGGAAAUGUCAAGGCAUGCAUUUCGUUGCAUCCACAAUCACUUAUCAAUGUAGGCUUGUAGGGGAAAUGCGUUUCUGCACCACCACCGAUUUGCAGCUAUAGGCAAGCUAGACUAUGUCGCUUUGUCAAUAAGGAAAAAUAGUCGUAAUCUGUAAGAAAUGGACUCACUGUUUAGUUUACAGGGGUUUUCUUUACAUAUGCAAAAAAGAUUCACAUUUCUCAUUGGAAACAAUGUGAUUUUUGAAAAACCACAGGCACUCAGUAGCAAUUUAUUGAGGUAACCGAGUGUCAAAGGUCUGCAUCCUUAUGCCUGAUGAUGCCUCCCGCAGGCUCCCCUGCCCUCAGUAUAGAGUGGUAACAGCCAACACAGGGAGGGUAAGUGGGAUUUGAUGUGACUAGCACUUAGCACUCCUUAGACAAGAGUAAGGUAGUGACUAGCAAUUGCCCAUCUUACAGCAAAUAAGAACCCCAAAAUACACGAAUGUCUGAUUUUAAAGGUCCUGCAGUCCACCUUCUAACCACCUUCUAACCAAGGCACGGAGUCUUUCUAUAACUUGUCUCUUGUUCCCCCCAACAUCUCAAGAGUCUUUUACUCUAUUUUUUAAUUCUCAGUCUUAGAGAGAGGGGCUCCUACAGUAAGUAAAACCUCUUGUUAUUUCAAAGAACUGGUUAGAGGGUUUCUCCUCAAGCUUCAGAUGAACAGAAACAUGCCUGUGGGUCCAACAGCAAAAUCUGCCGCUGCCAGCGAGGUGCCAGUGGCUUUGCUAAAAUACAGGGGCCCAUGCUUCAUGUACCCUGUCUGUUUAUUGCCCACAAGUGUGACUCCCCUGCACUCCUGCCUGUUCAUCUCUCAGGUGUCUGCACAGAAUGCUUCCUCCUGUCCCAUCAGCACCAUAGGACUGAGAAGUGUCUAGUGCUUUCUGACAUGCAAUUAGCACUGCUGUUUUCCUGGGCUUGGAAACCACACCAAGCUUGAGAGAUAGAUCCCUGGAAGGAACCACAUAGAAGAAAUUUUUGGUAGGACUUUCAAAGAGACUCAGUCUGUGCCAGCAUGGAAAGCUUCAGUCCUGAAAACUAACAGGGUUUUUAUAGAAAGGCACCACCCAGGGCUGGCGCACAUAAAGACAAGCUCCAGGCUACUGGGGAACGGACUGAGAUCACUGGAGGGGAUGGGAGCCAUUGGAACCGGGGCAGAUGGGCUCCUCUCACGGCUGAAUCAAGGGAAAAGCUCUCCCCUUGGCAAAUACUGGGGAAAGCUUGGGCUUAUAGCACAAAAACCUGUGUUCUCGCCUUUUCUCUGUGCUGAGGGUCACGUGGCCAGUCUAAUCAUGUAAGGCCAUUUGGACAUUGCCUCCACGUUUUACCAUUUAAAUGUCUGUUCACAUUAGAUCUCCAUGGCUCCAACCAGAACGUUACCCCUUGAGGACUAAUUUUCAGUGGAGAACUAUUUCAGCCUGGCACCUGCUACUUAGAUCCCAAUUCAGACGUGUGCACAGCCAAAUGAACCCACGCAUAUAUCACAGUUAAACACAUUCUGAUGGCGUAGACAGUAUUCCACACGGUGUAGGUAGUCGCAGGCCAGGGAGAAUGUGGUGCCUGCCCACAGGUCCCUCCAGCCGUGGUCAUGUGGCUAUCAGGGCAGCAGCAGGAAGGGAAGGGAGGAUUUUGUUUCGUUUACAUUUGCUUCUUCAUCUCUGUCUUCUGAAUGUCAAAAUUUCCAAGUCUUUCUGAAAUUGAACAACUGUCUCCAGAGGUUUCCCGAGCAUCAGCAGCUCACCAAUUUCAGAAGCCCUGUGAAGACUCAAAUCUGGAACUCAAGAAUUGAAGGCAAAACCCUGGAAACCAGAUUUAUGUAGCUCAGCGUGAAGCUUCCCCUUACAAAGCCAGGCUGUCCAACAGUGAGGCCCCCCAUUAAGAAGGAUGGGCUGUAUUCCCAUUCCAAAUAUUUGCCCACACUUCUUUGGAAUAGGUUUUGUUCUGGCCAGAAGGAUGGACAAAGGUGUCGAAGCUCCUCCCCAGCUCUUCAAUUUUUGUGGUUGCACAAAAUCUCCAUUCACUCUGAAAAACUGUUUUUCCUCCUUCCUCCACGAGUGGCACACGAGCACUUCUCGAAGGCUUCUUUCUUUCUGCUACAGCACAACCUCCAGACAGUCCUGCGGGCAUGUGAAUUCGUCCGCCUUCCAGCCAACCAGCCCUGCGUAGGAGUUAGCACAGGACAGGUUCCUGUGAGCAAAACUGCACCCUUUCUGAAACUUUUUCCCCUACGUGUUUGCAGAUGCUCCAAAGGCUACAACAUCUUAAAAUGUACUUUUUGUUAUCAUCCGUACAAUUGCCAAAAGGUUAUAGUGCAAAAUGCUAUGACAUACAUUCACUUUAUUUUAGUAUCUUUGAUUAUGUUGAGAUGAAUUCAUUUUCUUAGGACACCCCCCACCCCCAGUCCACAAGCAAGUUGGGUGGAGUGUACACUGAAUACACAAGAAUGAGGGCGAAAGCAAAAAGCCAGGCCUCCGCGUUGGUGGGCAGACGGUGUUGCGCUGUGUAGACCAGCCUAUGAAGAGAGAAACGGUUGCAUGAAAGAGGGAGGUGGUGGCUUCUGGUCCCUGGAGCUGGGCUUCACCAGGCCCCGGUCCCAGCCCCGCCGCCUUGCUCCGGCCGUCGCAUCCACCACAGGUGGGACCUCGCAUUCUGAAAUGGCACAGCUGACCCGAGCUGCUCGGAAACUAGGCACAAACAUUAAAACGGGGCAGAUCGGGUCCACUGCAGUUGUCUAACAUGGAGUUUCUUUUAAAUGCUUCAGAGACAUGUCCUUACAAUUUCAGCCUGCUUAUUACUUUAAUGAGUGGGCCGUUGUGCUUAAAACUAGUAGGGGGAAGGAAAGUUUUUAAAAAUUGCCAAAAAGUUAGAUGAAAUUGUACUACUGUAUAAAGCAAAGCUGUAUAUACUAAACGUUUUUUAGCAGAGUAAUAUUUAUUUGCAUAGCCUAUUUAUUGUAUUCGUAUUACACGGUUAUUAAAUACUGGGAUGAAACCGAUGCCCUGAAGCAAGGACUCUCGCCUUUUAAUGUACUAUUAAUUAGGACCGCUGUGACAUUGUCAGCUUGCGUUAACAAUUAGAAGAUAGAAAACCCGCGAUCAGGGUGUCUACCUAACUUCUCAGGGACUACACUUAGUAGUUUUCCACCAUUAUACGAGCUGGUAAAUAUGAAACAUUUGUGGAAUUACCAGAAUUGCCAUUAACAGUAUUUUCUUCCUCCUAUGUCGUGCUUUCUGCUUCUGUAUAUAUGACUGUGCUGUGUAUUUAUCGAAGCUAGUAAGCAAUAAUUUAUAUGUAAAAAAAAAAAAAUGGCCAAGCAAUAUAAGGUGAAAACUUAUAUGAGUCAUUGUUACCUUAUCCUGUAUUUUCAAGUGUUUUUUAAAACCCGCUUUUCCAAAUAUAAGAUUAUGUUAAAGAUACUA